ACUGAAAAGUGUAACCGCGCUUUUCAAACCCUAAAUUCUCGAACACUGAAGCUUUGCUGAUUUCCGGCAUUUCAACCGUAUUCGUCUACAAUCAUCGAUCUUGCUGGCCGUUGCGUCGCUAGCUUCGUCGUGGAAUUUUUUCUCUUCAUCUCUCUCAGAUCUUUCAUUGUUUUUUCUCUCAUUUUCGUUUAUGGUUCGCCGGCCCCUGCACCACACACACUCAGUAGUCAGAAUCGUUCAGGCAUCGUCGUAUCUUCCACGUCCAACAGGAAGUGAGCUGUGAGAACCUUGGCUUGCUAACCAGCGUGUGAACUGACCCAGAACCUGUAUGAUUCUACAUCAUUUUGUCCAUAGUUGGUAGAGUUCAGACAUAUAAGUUCGAAUAUUCAAACACGAAUCAACAAGGAAUCAAGUUCUUCUUCCCAGAAAUCAGUGGUCUGAACGAACAAGAGUUAAAGUCGGCAUCGAGCAAGAAGAGGUUAAUAAGUCUCCUUACUGUCACUUGGGUAGUGCCAUGGAAGAAGAGAUUGGAGAAGAAUUCAAGAGGAGUGGCUUCACGUUCGAUGAAGAGGAAGAGAUUCUCAAGAAAUGUGUCACUUUCUGUGUUAACUACAAUCUAAAGCCUUCGGAUAUUGUUUCUAGCUGGGAGGUUUACUAUCUCAACAGGCUAUUAGAUGGGUCAGUGGUUGAACUUGAACAGCUGGAUGGGUUCUUACAACAUUUACAGAAUGAGCAAAAAGAAACUGUCAUUAAAGGGGAACCGGAUCUUCAUGUUUACUCAAGCAAAGAUGUUGACGUGAUUUUGAAUGAUGAGAACGAAGAUCUAAAUGAAGAUAUUCUUAAGACCCCAAAUGGGAAAUCUCAGAGCCUCCACAAAGAGCGAUUGGAUUUGACACCUUACACGAACGAAGGAUUGUUCUCAUCGGGAAAGCCUUCAAAGCAUGAGACACCCUUUGGCCAAAGAACAGAAAAGUUUGUUGUGAGGUUCAACAUUAAUAACAUGCCUGAUAUGGUGACUGCUGUGAAGGUAGAUAAUAGUGAGAAUGAUGAAGAUACAAUCAUCAAGAAGGUUCGUCCCCUACAAGGAUGCUCAUUGACAGUCCAUGGAUCAGGAUUUGGACUUGAACCUAAUUGCAGGUUCAUGUAUGACAAGGAUGAAGAUAGGUUUAAUGCUCUUGAUAACCGAAUCAUGAGACAUGCUAAAGCUCUUGCUGCAUCUGGGCUCUACGAGGAAGCAGUGGACCCAACAGUUGCUUCACAGAAAAGCAUUUUUGCGGUGGGCAUGAUUUAUUGUGAUGGUGAAGGACACUUGAACGAUAAGUCCAUCUUGUUGCAAAGCAGUAUCGCGCAUUCAGGGGGACAGCGAGUUCGUCUAGAAUUACAGAACUUAAGCCAAUUUUCAAUCUUUCCUGGCCAGGUAGUAGGUAUUGAAGGGCAUAAUCCUAGUGGACACUGCUUGAUUGCGUCCAAACUUGUAGAUUCUUUUCCUUUGUCUGCCACUAUAGACCCCAUUCUGCCUCCAGCAAAGAAGAUCGCUUUGAACCAUGAUAUUCAACCAAUUAAUCAAUCUUCUACACCGUCAGAACUAUCGAUGAUCAUUGCAUCCGGCCCCUAUACAACAACGGACAACUUAUUGUUUGAGCCUUUGACUGAGUUAUUAGCAUAUGCAAAAAGAAAAGUUCCCCAGCUACUAAUAUUGCUUGGACCAUUUGUUGAUUCUGAACAUUCUGAUAUCAAGAGAGGAACUGUAGAGAUGAGCUUUGAGGAAAUUUUCAAAUUUGAAGUUUUAAGAAGGGUACAAGAUUAUGCAGAACACAUGGGUCCUGAUGCGCGUGUGCUGUUGAUGCCAUCUACAAGGGAUGCUAAUCACGACUUUGCUUUUCCCCAGCCUGCGUUCGACAUUCCAUCUGAUCUCAAACUUCAGAUAUCCAGUCCCCCAAACCCAUGCAUCUUGGAAGCAAAUCAGGCAAAGAUAGCCUGCUGCACCAUGGACAUUCUCAGACACCUCAGUGGAGAAGAGCUGUCAAGAAAUCUAACAAAGGGAGGAACCAACGAUCGCCUGAGCACGCUUGCUAGUCAUAUACUUCGCCAGCGCAGCUUUUAUCCUCUAUACCCUCCGGCCGAAGGAGUUCCACUGGACUUUUCACUUGCCCCACAAGCUCUUGACAUCUCCGUAAUACCUGAUAUUCUCAUUCUUCCAUCCGACAUGAAACAUUUCGUGAAGGUUAUAUCUCUUGGUGAAGGAGGUUCAGAGGAAGAGCAAGCAAGAUGCGUAUGUGUGAAUCCUGGAAGAUUGGCCAAGGGUGAAGGAGGGGGUACUUUUGUCGAGCUCAAUUACUUCGGUAGGCCUGACCAGAUAAAUGCUAUGGUUGUCAGCAUAUGAGCAGUGGUCUUGACGUCUAGCCUUCUGUUUGACUCAUAAAUUGGACCUGCCAAAUCCUCUUCGGCUUCAGUUUCAACAUGGAAGACUGGUUGUAGUUUAAUUCAUUAAAUUAGGGAUUAGGUAUUAGAUUUGCAAUAAAUUACUAUAGUGUAUAUUAUUGUCAUUGUGUAGGAGAAGAGCAGUCUGCAAAAUUAAUGUCCUAUAAUUUGUGCCCACAAGCGUAUCAAUUAUUUCAGCUACACUUUUCAUUUGAGAUAACAUAUCAAACAGCUGAUGAGUGAUUCCAUCUUUGUAUAAUUGCCUACCUCACAUCGUGAUAGUAAUUAUAUUUUAUUUAUUUUUUAUUUUUCAAA